AUGGAGAAGGUAGGGUUCGUCGGGGGGAGGCAACUUACGUAGGUAUUCAGCUGGCGGACGAAGGAGGAGAAGUUGCUGUGCUUGAAGAAGACCGGGAGGAGGUCCCGGGAGAACUCCGCCAUCUUCCACACGACGAAGCCGUUGCCUUCCUCGUUCCAGGAGAUAACCUCGUCGGUGCCCGCGUCCUCCACCAUCUGGUGGGUCUUCACCAGGAACGGCGCUGGCCCGCCGCCGUUUUUUGCCAGAGCCUGCAUGUGGCGGCGAUGGGAAAAGAGCGGAGAGAUAUGGUGGUGCAGGAUCGCCGGAGGAGGAAAGGAGGAGGAGGAAAGGAGGAGGAGGAAAGGAGGAGGAGGAAAGGAGGAGGAGGAGGAGGAGGAAAGGAGGAGGAGGAGGAGGAGGAGGAGGAGGAGGAGGAGGAGGAGGAGGAGGAGGGAGAGGAGAUGGUGCUGCUCGAUCGAUCAACCGGAGAAGACGAGGAGGGCCGUGA